AUGUCGCCGCCGGAAAGCGCUUCUGCUCGGAGGCGGUUUUUGACACAGCGCCGCUGAGAAGCUAACGAGUCCAGGCGGCGCUGAGAGGUCGUUUCGGCUCGGAACAGCUCAGCGCUCUGACGGGGGAGGAUGGCAGGAGACCCGUUCCGCACGUUACGGCUGUGCCGGCGUCACUUGGCGCUGCUCCAGAAGUGUUCGAGUCCCAUGAACCCCCGACUGCUGCUGCACAGGUCCUUCAGCUCACACAGGACCGCGAGGAGUCGCAGGCCGCUGAGGAAGCUGCUGAUUGGCGUGUCGGUGGGCGUGCCGUUAGCGGUGGGGGUGCAGUACGCUGUCUCUGAUCCCAAAGACCAGCGGAGGAUGAGGAUAUUAGUGGAGGGAGUCGGGCGCUUCUGCAGGUCGUUAUAUGUCGGACUUCUGAUUUCAGUAGAUUACUGGUGGACCUCCAAUAUUGUUCUGCGCGGGAUGGACGAAAGCAGUGCGGAGUACGCGGCUGCCGUGUCAGCGUGUCACCAGCGGGCGGCGAGCGGCAUGGUGGAAGGAGCUGUGCAGAACGGAGGGCUUUACAUCAAACUGGGACAGGGCCUCUGCGCCUUCAACCACCUCCUGCCUCCAGAAUACAUCUGCACGCUGCAGGUCCUGGAGGACAGAGCCCUCAACAGGAGAUACAAGGAGGUAGACGCGUUAUUCCUAGAAGACUUCGGCACCACUCCAGAUAAGAUGUUUAAGACGUUUGACUACGAGCCUGUCGCUGCCGCCAGUUUAGCCCAAGUCCACAAAGCAGAGCUGCAUGAUGGGACGCCUGUGGCUGUGAAAGUGCAGUAUAUCGACCUCAGGGACCGUUUUGAUGGUGAUAUCAGAACACUAGAGGUACUGCUGGACAUAAUCAAGUUUAUGCAUCCCAGCUUUGGCUUCCGAUGGGUUCUAAAGGACCUGAAAGGGACGUUAGCGCAAGAGCUGGAUUUUGAGAAUGAGGGGAGGAACUCUGAGAGAUGUGCCGAGGAACUGAAGCACUUUAAAUUCAUCGUUGUACCCAAAGUGUUCUGGGACCAGACCAGCAAGAGAGUCCUCACAGCAGAGUACUGUGAAGGCUGCAAAAUCAACAAUGUGGAGGAGAUAAAGAGGCAAGGCCUGAGUUUAAAAGAUACAGCAGACAAACUCAUCAGAACGUUCGCAGAACAGAUAUUUUAUACCGGCUUCAUACACGCCGACCCGCAUCCUGGAAAUGUGCUGGUGCGCAGGGGUCCUGAUAAGAAGGCAGAGCUGGUUCUCUUAGAUCACGGACUCUAUGAACACCUCAGCAAAAGUGACAGAGUGGCGCUGUGCCAGCUGUGGCGUUCUAUAGUCCUUCGAGACGAAGCUGGCAUGAAGAGAUACUCGAAUGACCUCGGGGUCACAGAUUACUUCCUGUUCUGCGAGAUGCUCCUGCAGCGGCCGAUCAGCAUGCGCGAGCUGACCCUGGGAAACAUCCUGAGCCGAGAGGAGACGUCGUACAUGCGGGACAUGGCCGUCCAUCACUUCGACAGCGUCAUGCAGGUGCUGAAGUCUCUGCCGCGGCCCAUGCUGCUGGUGUUCCGCAACAUCAACACGGUCCGCUGCAUCAACAUCACCCUCGGAGCGCCCGUCGACCGAUACUUCGUCAUGGCCAAGUGUGCUGUUCGAGGUUGGGGUAAAACCCGAGCGGACGAUGCUGCCGUCCUGCCCUCCCUCAGGAUCCUCCGCUGGGUCUGGAGCUUCUGGGAGAACCUCAAGUUUGAAUGCGCUUUAAGGUCAGAGAUGGUGAUGAUGAGCCUCACUCGCUCGCUACUGCAGCUGCUCUCGUACUGCGGGGUCAUCACUGUGGACCCAGACGUCUAUCAGUACCUGAAAUAACCCCGCGCUGCAGGUACACGCCGCUCUCUCACGGCCUGGACUCACCGAGGAGACACUACGAGGCCAUGUAUGGUGCAGAGUCGCAGCGCGGGAAACGCAGACGUGCAGUCGGAGGGGAUUGAGAGUCACUGUGUUCACAAAAAAUGAUGACAACAGUAAAUUCAGUUUCAGAUUCAGACAUUACCAUGAAGACGCAGUGGGAAAUGUGAUUACUGGUUUUAUUAGCUGCUCGUUUGAAACAUGUGGCCAAAUCUUUAUAGUUGAGACAGCAAUCAGAUUUGAAUUAAAACAAACUGCAACCAACUACAUCAAAUCAAAACUACGGCAGUGCUUCUCAGUCCCGGUCUGGGGGACCUGCACAGAUAAAUGCUCUCACACAGCUGGUUCAGCUUCUGGAGGUUGUUAAUCACCUGAUGAGUCGGGCGUGUCAGAGCGCAGAAGUGUGUAAGGUAUGAGAUCUCUCACACGGAGGCUGUGUCUCAAAUCGACCCCUAGAUCCACACAUAGUAAAUUAUUAUCUAGGGUUAUAAAGUGUACUAGAUUUACGGGAACGUUGGGAGACCCAGCCUUGCUGGAAGAGCUGUGAAGUCACAUUUAAACAUUUUAGAGAUGCACUGAAGUUCUGACCACUGAAAACGGUCAAAAAAUUCCUAAUUUGGGGCUCCUGAGUGGCGCAACUGUCUAAGCGUUGGCGCUGCCAUCAGAAGAUUGCGAGUUCGAUCCAUGGUGAUGCUGCAGCUGUCUCUGGCCGGGAGUCCAAGAGAGCACAGUUGGCCUCGCUCUCUCUGGUGGGUAGGAUGGCCCCCCCUUCCUCCCCCAUCACUCAGCGCGAUGCUAGUCAGCGCAGGCGUCUGUUAGCUGACGAAGCUGGUGGUUAGCGUUCUCCGACGAGCGCGUUCAGCUGUCCAAUGACGUUGCGUGAGCGGCAGUUUGAAAAGGAGUCGGGGGAAGGCUGUGCUAGCCUUCACCCUCUUAGCACUGGUAGUAUUGUGUGACUGGGGGAGAAGAUUUUGACUGGAAAAAAAACAGAUUAAAUACAAUGAAAUGUCAAAAUCUAAGAUUUCACACAUCAUUUUAAAGGAAUAUAGUUUAUAAAUGCGUUGCUUAUUCCUUUAGCUUCUUACUCAGAUUUUCUGUUCCACCUUAAAUGCUGCAGCAGUUCAUGUCUGGUGCCUGUAGUCCAGGAUUUCGAGACCCCUGCUCUGAGACGUUUUGGAGACCUGCAUUUACGCUUGGUUUGCCGGCUUCAGCAGACUUUGCUUGUGGGGUUUCCCCAGAAUUCAUAGGGAAACACACAUGAUGACAAAGGAAACAAGAACUAUCAAAAAAUGCAUAAAUAAAAAAAAAUAAUAAUAAUAAUAUCUUCUUAAGUAAUUUAUACACAAUUCCUGAGCAAAUGUGCAGUUUUGCUUGAAAUGUCCACCGUGGCAGUGAGCUGAGCCGUUGUCUUCUCUCGGUAGUGUUGCAGAUUUGACAUGAUGAGUUUAGUCUAGUGAACUUCGCAGGACUGAGGUCCAAAAUCGGUGAGACUGGGGUCCUUGUAGCCUCCCACAGUUUGGAGAUUUAGACUGGACAGUUGACAUCACCGGCCCACUCAGACAGACAGAUUAAAAGCUAAAAAAAAAAAGACCACUAACAACCAGGGCUGAACAAUUUGGGGAAAACAUCUAAUUAAAUAUCUAAUCUAAAUUAAAGCCCAGGCUUGUUUUUUUUGGCCAAAAAGCUCAGCAAAGAUUUCUAGCCAGACUGCCAGUCAGUCAUGGUUGUGAUGUCACAGCACAUGGAUGUUUGGUUGGUUCUGAUUGGUCACAACUCACAACUUUCACAAGCAAUGCACAAACUCUGUGUUAUUAGGUUAAAUUUCCCCACUGAAAACAACAAUGUUGAUAAUAUUGACUAUAAUAAAAAUUGAGCUCUCGCAGUUUCAGAAUUGCAGCCUUAUAAAUUGCGAUUUUGAUACAAAAGCAGUUAAUAUUAUCACCUUAACAAUUUCAGUACUGACUUAAACAUUCAGGAUGUACUUACAAUGAUUUGAGACACAGCCGAAGCACCAUCCUCAGAAACCCAGCCAAAGUGUUCAUACCUCAGCAGAGAGUUCACCCUCUCUCUCUCUUUCUGUCUCUGUCUGUCUCUCUCUCUCUCUGUGUGUCUGUCUCACUCACUCUCUCUCUGUGUCUGUCUCUGUCUCUCUCUCUCAUCGUCUUAACUCUCUAAAUCACAUCAGGCACAGUCUGCACAAACGGUGCUGAUCUUCUCUAGCAGACACGUCAGUCAGAGGUCGCACCGCAGGACCGCUCCACCAUGCUGUUUAUAUUUCUCUGAUAAAAGCUACAACUAAAUAUCAUGAACACAAUACAAACAAAAUAUUUUUAUCACCAAAUUAUUUUAGAAUUGUUCUAAUCUGUAAGAUUAAAAUCUUACAAAUCUGUUUAAUCUGUAAGAUUAAAGAUGCACUUGUUACAUUGUGCAGUAUAAUUUCAUGAAAAAGUCAGACAGCACCGGCAUAAUUUAGCUUAAAUAUUAUUUUGUCAUACAGUUCAGUGUGUGAGAUGUAAUCAGAGAGAUUCAGAGUGGUUUGGUGUGAAAUGGUUCAGAUGUCUGUACAGUGGUGGUGAUAGGAACUAGGGGUCGCCAUGACUACAACACAGAUAUAGACAUUUUAUUUACUAUCCAGAACCACCAGUGAACCUACACGAGUCUUCUGAGUUUAUAUGGAAUGUUGAUGAUGGAAAAUAGUGGGAAAUCUGAAAUAAUACGUUUUCUUUGUUUCACACCAAACCACUCUGAAUGAGUCUGUUUACAUCUUAACCGCUUAAUCAUGCAGAAAUUUUGUGAAAUUGGUGGAAUUGCCCUUUAAUCCCUGUCAGAGGAACCAAGCCAAGAACCAAGAUCUCUGAUGAUGAUCUUUUUCGUUUUUCACCACUGCAUUCGAAACAAAGAUGUUUGGAAACAGAAACAUCAUAGUAUAGUUUCCACGGUAACCUCAUUUUGUCAAUAUUGCGGUUUACCAAAAAAAUGUGGGCAUGUUUUCUUAAGAUUUCGCAGAUUGGGUUUAAACUGAUGUGAAAUAGUGCUUAAGCUCUCUAUAAUUCCAUGUAGUUAUUUUAGGGAAUGUUAUUGAUCUUAUAAUGCAAAUAUUAUAGAAGCAAUUCAUGUAUUAUAUUUAAUACAAUGUCAUUAUUCCACGGUGCAGUUUGUGUAAUGAAGUGAAUGUGAAGAGAGUUUUAAAAUAUGCAUAUUUAAUAGACCUGAAGCUGUGCUUUAACACCGACUGUGCUGGUUUUUAUGUGUAUGGAUCGACUGAUUGUUAUGGUGAAUGGAGGCUAUUGAGGGUUUUACUGUACCUGGAUUGUUUUUAAUUCUUAAUUUAAUAUUAAAGAAAUAUCCAUUUUUAAAGCAUA